AUGCCCAUCCGAGCAGUCAUCUUCGACCUCCUCACAGCGCUCCUCGACAGCUGGAGUCUAUGGGACAAGGCAGCAAAUGACAACCCUGAGCAAGGCUACAAAUGGCGAAGACGAUACCUCGAACUGACCUUUGGAUGCGGCGCAUACCAGCCUUAUGAAGAACUCGUCCGCACUUCCGCCAAAGACGUCGGUCUUCCAGAAACAGCGCCAACUCAUUUGAUCGACAACUGGGAUGGACUGCAGCCAUGGCCAGAAGCCAAACAAACUCUUGAAAAGCUGAAAGGAAAGGGGUAUGCCUUGGGAGUAGUAUCGAACUGCUCCAUCGAGCUAGGCCGGCGCGCACUACAGAGAUGCGAGACCGCAGAGUCAUCGAUGUUCAAUGCAUUUGUCACUGCUGAGGAAGUCGGCUUCUACAAACCUCAUCCAGAUACAUACCAGGCUAUUCUUUCGGCUCUGGGUGUCGAGCCGGAUGAAGCCAUCUUUGUCGCUGGUAGCAGCGGCGAUGUCGUUGGAGCGGCGGCUGUUGGGAUGCAGGUUGUAUGGCACAAUCGAAUUGGACUGCCGGCGUUGCCUGGUUCUGCGCCAUUGAUCGAAGCGCGUUCUCUGGAUGGUGCAUUGCAAGGACUCAUCGACAGUCCAGCAUCCGACAUUGCCCGUCGGGUAACGUUUGAUUUCUCGUUCAGCAUGCAGCUUCGGAAUACCUCCGCCCUCGCCCUGCGCGGCGUUUCUUCCCUGUCCGCCGCGUCUUCAUCGUGCGCUCGUCGAUCCAUUCUUUCUUCUUCCUCAUCUUUAUCUUCUCCCUAUUCCACGACCGCUGUAUCCCGAGCCAUUGCCAGACCCGUUGCUACCACUCUCCGUCCUGUCCUUGCAUCUUCCUCGGCCCAGUCGAAUUCCUCGGUGUUCUCCACCCAUAUCCGCACGAUGGCUUCGCAGGUGUCGAAGAUCAAAGUCAAGAACCCGGUUGUCGAGCUCGAUGGCGAUGAGAUGACCAGAAUUAUCUGGCAGGAUAUUAAAGACAAGUUUAUUACCCCAUAUCUCGACAUUGACUUGAAAUACUACGACUUGGGUCUUGAAUAUCGUGACCAGACCGAUGAUCAGGUUACCAUCGACGCCGCCGAGGCUAUUAAGAAGUAUGGAGUCGGUGUCAAGUGCGCCACCAUUACUCCUGAUGAGGCUCGUGUGAAGGAAUUCCACUUGAAGAAGAUGUGGCUUUCCCCCAACGGUACCAUCCGAAACAUUCUGAAUGGGACCGUCUUCCGUGAACCAAUUGUCAUCGACAACAUCCCCCGUCUCGUCCCCGGCUGGAAACAACCCAUUAUCAUCGGCCGUCAUGCCUUUGGCGACCAAUACCGCGCCAAGGACCAAGUCAUCCCCGGCGAAGGAACCCUCGAGGUCAUCUUCACCCCCAAAGGCGGCGAGCCAGAGCGUAUCAAGGUCUACGACUUCACCGGCCCCGGUGUUGCGCAAACCCAAUACAACACAGAUGAGUCGAUUAUCGGAUUCGCUCACUCCAGUUUCAAGAUGGCUCUUCUCAAGGAGUUGCCCUUGUAUAUGAGUACCAAGAACACUAUCCUCAAGAAGUACGACGGACGAUUUAAGGAUAUCUUCCAGGAGAUUUAUGAGAAGGAUUACAAGAAGGACUUUGAGGCCAAGGGCCUUUGGUACGAGCACCGUCUUAUCGACGACAUGGUUGCUCAGAUGAUCAAGAGCGAGGGCGGAUUCGUCAUUGCCAUGAAGAACUACGACGGAGAUGUUCAAUCCGACAUCGUCGCCCAAGGCUUCGGCUCUCUAGGCCUUAUGACUUCCACCCUCGCCACCCCCGACGGCAGCGCAUUCGAAUCCGAAGCCGCCCACGGCACUGUCACCCGCCACUACCGCGAACACCAGAAGGGUCGCGAAACAUCCACCAACCCGAUCGCCUCCAUCUUCGCGUGGACCCGCGGCCUGAUUCAGCGCGGUAAAGUCGACGGAACCCCCGAAGUGGUCACGUUCGCCGAAGCAUUGGAGCAGGCUUGCAUUGAUACCGUGAACGAGGACGAGAUUAUGACCAAGGAUUUGGCAUUGGCGCGCGGACGCAAGGAUCGUGAGGCGUGGGUGACGACGAGUGUGUAUUUGGAGGCUGUUGAAAAGAGGCUCAAGAGGUCUUUGCAAAAGGCUAAACUUUAG